AUUCACAUAUUCACCAAUGUAGUAACUGUCACAUUUCAUAAUUGGGGAUUAGUUUUUUCGUUGAACUAAAAGAAGUUUAUUUUAUUCAGUUGAUUAUUGUGUAAUAAUGAUAUAAAUGAAUAAGGUUUAGAAAAGAAUGAAAAGAAUCAUACACUUUGUUAGAUUCUCAAUUGUUCUACAAGAAAUCUAUUCACAAUAAAGAAAAUAAAUAAAUAGACGAGUUCUUUUUGUUGUUGCUAACUAUCACCUCAACAAAAAAGUAAGGAGAGUCAAUUAAUUUAAUCAUGAAAUUUAAAUUUACUCUCCUUACAUCAUGGACACUAUUACCAACGUCCAUACCAAAUACUGAUUGUGAAGAUAAUGAAGCAAUAUUAUUUGCACAAUACUUAACUGAAUAUACAGAGAAUAAAUAUGGUUUAAAUGUAUUUUGGCCAAGACAACGUGGUGAAGCAUUUUUGCAUAAUUCAUUCAAUUCAUUUGAAGAGAGAUUUUUAACACAUUCUGAAUAUGCAUUACUCAUUGUAUCUGGUCAAAAUGCAUCAUGUUUAAAUUGUAUUUAUCCAAGAUUUCUUGUAUUUUUAACAGCUAAAAAAUCAUGGACUGAAAGAAUUUUAAUAAUUUUUUUAAAACAACCAACAUAUUUAGUAAAUUUCGAUUUAAGUUUAUUAAAACAUCCACCAAUUUUAUUCAAUGAUGAUUCAACUAAUCAGUGGAUUCAUGACCAAGAAUCAUGGAUGAAAGUAGCAGAACUAAUAAAAAAUAGAUAUAUUCCGUCAGUUAAUGAUAAUUUAUCAAGAUAUCUAUUUACGCCCAGAGAAUAUUACAUUAGUCGAUGGAUGUCUGUCACGGAUCUACGUGGACAACCAUUAGCUGUAAGAAUAACUAGUACUGGUCAAAGUGACUCGACUCCAACGAGCUGGUCUGAUCUCAGUGGUAUUGAACCAAUCAACGGAAUAAAAUGUGUUUUAGACCCGAUAUAUCCUAUUGGACAACGUCUAAGCCAAUCAGCAUCUGUGUUUGAACAUUCACCCACACAAACUCGUGACAUUACGCCUAAUCUACAUUUGCAUGUAAACAAUUUUAAUCGUAUUAGAAGAGUUAGUUCAAGAUGUUUUACACGAAAGCAUCAAUACAAUACAGUAUUUGGAUUAGAUCCUUGUUGGUCAACUUUAUCUGGAAGUCAAUUAAACGUUAUUAACAAUAAUAGUGGAGUUAAAUGUCAAAUUGAAGAAACAUCACAUUAUGAAAAUUUAUUGGAAAAACGUAGUAAACAUAACGUUGAAAUCGACCUUAUUUGUAAAGAAAGUCAAAUGUGUAUUCCGCAAAAACAAUCGAAAAUUAAAUCGUGUGAAUUUCUAAAUGAAUCUAUAUUGUCUUGUAAAUUAUCGAACCGUAUUAAUAAAUCAACCGGUGUUAUCAAUGAUGGCUCAGAGUACAGUAAUGUCAUUACAUCAAAUCAUACAAUAAAACAUCAUCAAAGAAAGGUUAAAUUGUCACCUAAAAAACAUUUCCUAUUCAAAGAACUAGAUCAUAUCUGUAUACCAUCAAAAAAGUUUAUAAAACUAUUUAAAUUCAAACGUAAAAAAGAUGCUCAUUCUAUUAGUGAGAAAUUUGGAACACAAUCACAAUUAGAACUAGCUAAAUCUGUAAAAACCUUAUAUGAUGUUGGACAAAGUUUACUUGAAAAUUCAGGAGAUAGUGUAAGUAAUCUGAACAUACUUGAAAUUCAACAACAACAACAACCAUCAUGUUCAUACAGUACUACUGAUAAAUUUAAUCUAAGUUGUUUAAGUAUCCACAUAGAUGUGGAGGAACAACCUAUCAAAGAUACAAACAAUGAUGAUAUUUUUCACCAGUCACAAUGUUUACAAGUCACACCGACUCAAUCAGCGGACUUCUCUGACUCUGGAUUAUGGAGUAUGAGUCAAAUGGCUACUGAAGAUUGUACUAAUUCACUACAACAACAUCUCAUAUCAUGUUCAGAGAGUCCAGUAUUCCAUUAUUACACCAAUAGUGACAAUAAUGAUUAUAAUAAUAGUGAUCAAACAAAUGAGAUACGAUUACAGAAAUCAAUCACAAGUCCAACAAAUGAAUCAAAGUUUGCAGAGAUAAGACUAUCACCAUGGUCAUCGUUAGAAAUAGGAGAUGGUCAACGGAGUAAAGAAUUCAAAUUAGAAAAAUCAAAUCAACCUACUGAUGCUACUACUACUAUUACUACUACUACUAAUAAUAAUAACACCAAUACUACAACUAAUAUAUCAAAUGAACAUGGAUUAACUUGUAUUCCUUUGAACCAAAAAGCCGGUGUGCAAAAUGAUACAUUUUUAUUAUUAAACUGUAAUUCUGAACAAUUCGUUAAAGAUCAACUAUCAAAUCCUUCAGUUAGUAAUAUAAACGAACUUAGAACAAGUGAAGCUUUAAAAUUAUGUAAUAAUGAUAAUAAUAAAAAUGUAACUCACAACUUUAAUGGUCCUGUGAAAAGCCAAAUGUCUUGUACACUGAAUUUGAAGCCUUUUAGUUCAAAUUCAACCUCUUUCGAAGAGAGUAAAAAUGAUAAUGAAUCAUUACACUCUCGUAUUUCGAAAUCAAAACAAAAUUCUCCUCAAGAAAAUUAUGUUUCGUCAAUUUAUCUUUCGAAAACACAUAAUAAUAAUAGUGACAACGCAUCCUCUAAAGAUUUUACACAACUUUCGACUUUUCAACAAAAUUCAGUAAUUUCGCGAAUUGUGCAAAAUAAUAGUAUGUUGUCAGAGUACAGUUUACCUUAUAGAAUAUCUACAACAUAUGAUGUAAUUCAGAUAUUCCCUACUACAAAAAUAUAUGAUAUAAAUAAUAAAUCUGAAAAUAAUUUGUCCACUGUGAAAGUUACUGAUUAUAAACGAUCUAUCGGCACUCAUUUAAUAAACAAUAAUGGUAGUUUGGAUGUGGAUCCCCUUCAAAUAAAUCAAGAUAUCAAAGGGAUUAUGAGAUACCCUACAUUAGAACAACAAAAUCCCUACUCUAAUGAAUCAACUCCGUUGAAUACGGAUCAAAUGAUGAUGAUCAAUUCACAAAUAGACAUUAACGUUAACUCUUCCAAGGACUUAUCAUUAAUUAGUGUAGAAUGUGAGAAUAAUUCGACAUUUGAUUCAGAUAUUAGACAAAAUAUGAAUCCCUGCGUUAUAAACAACAUAAAAACUUUAAAAAAGUCGUUGAUGGAGUCAGAAUGUACAACUCACUUGCCAAUAUCAUUGAGUACUGAUACAUCUGAAAAUAACCAUUAUUUAAAUAAAAGUUUCAUUCAGUCACUGGACAAUAAUGCGGAAAACCCUGAAUACCUUAACGUUGUUACUGACCAUCAAACUAACCAAUUACAAGUUACAAAUAAAUGUUUGCCAAAGCAGCCCAAUGAACAAUUGACAACGACGCGAAUUAUUGAGGAUAUCACAGAAUUAUCGUCCGCCCACGUUUCUACAUUAUUCAACCAACAAAGGAGGGAUCCAUUAAUUAUUCCUGAUCAUGCACAUGAUGUACACAUAGAUGAACGAUUAAGUGUCGGUUCACUUAACGGGUCCAUCAGUGACCAAUUAGCGAAUGAUCACUCAGUGCCGUCAACCGAGGUGAAACAAAUCUUUUCAUCUAUUACGGAAACAUCACAUGAAGAUAUGAAACCAUUAUAUUCGAAAUCAGAUUUGAAUAAUACCCGAACCUUGAAUGACAAUUAUUUGUUGGAUAAUUCAUGUCAAAAUUGGAUGAUGGCGUUAUCAAAUGAGCUUACCAAUAGGAUAGAUGAUUCAUCGGAAACGAAAUAUGAUUUUGAUCAACUAACCAAAGGAAUGUCAAAUGACAGCAAAAAACUGUCCACUGAUCUUGAAAUCAACAAAUUACCAACCGAGAAAAAAGUUUCUUCAGACGAAAUAAGUCAGUCGUUGACAAUUUUACAACCCCAUAAUGAAAACGUAGAAGUUUCAUGCAAUAAGCUUCAUACACCUACUAAAUAUCAUAACAGAAAGUUUUCCUUGAACGAGGAGGAUAUUUCCAUUGAUGUCAGCUCGACCAAAGGUGACCAUUUACAAGAUCCACAUGAUGAACAGACUAAUAGUGAGCAACCCUUUGUGACUGGUACCGCUGAAUCGAUAUCUUCAAAUGUUAAUACAUAUUAUACGGAUGGAACGAAUUUCUACGUUACUGAACCGUUAUAUGAGAAUACCACAAUCGAUUUGACAAACCUAACUCAGUCAGUAAGAAAAUUAUCGAUUAGCCCUGAUAGUCUCCAUAAUAAUGUACUGGAUAUCGACGCUCAGUUUAAUAAAGUCAUUAAAAUAGAGAAUGGUCUUAUUGACUCUCGAGUUAAGGAUGUUUUGCAAAAGUGUUCGUUAAUGGACAUGAACACUUUGCCAACUAUAAUUGACACAGUAAGUUCUUCAUCCAUACAAGUUCCAUUAUUAAUCAAAAAUAAGCCUGUAAAUUGUUUAAUUAACAAUAUCAUAUUAAAUGAAGACAGUUUAACUGCAGAAAUGAAAUUAUUAACCACACUAAAUAAAUUGCUGAGUGAUUACACAAUUACCGACUAUCCACUCGAAGAGAAGAAUACAUCGAGUCUGUUGUCAUCUUCAAAUACAAAUAACUAUUCUAGACUGAAGAUGGAUCAUGAAACUAAGAAUCAUUUCAAAAAACCAUUUUUUGACGUGCCUUUAGAAAAACAGUUUCACCAUGGAGAUCUUGAGAACAUCACUGCACCCAGCAACAAAAGACAUAAUGACAGCUUACAAACUACUAGUAAUGAUUUUGUUCCACCGAAAAAUUCAGGUGAAUUCCACGAGUUAGAACAAACUAUUGAAGACACUCCAGAUUAUAAUGAUAACGAAUAUUAUCCAAAUACAUUGACCUCGUCUGAUAAUCCCAUGACAAUAGAACCUAUUACAACUACAGGUACUACCGUUGCUCAGUCUCCAAACCAAUCUACUACAAAUUCAAGUUCAUUAUCAAAUGUAAAUGAUAAUCUUGGAAAUGAUACUUUCACAGAACACUCUUCAUUAUUUCCCAUUGAUUCAGUAAAACAGUUUAACGUUUUGAAAGUAUCAAUACCAGAUAAUACAGACGGUUCAAUAUUCAAAAAAUCUGUCAGUAUGAUUCAUAAGGAAACUAGAGAUAAUGCUGGACGGUUGAUUAGUCUGCUCGAAAAGGAUACAAAAUCUACUAAUCAGUUAGAUUUAACAUCCAAGGAUGUAUUUAUCGAAAAUAAACAUACAUGUACAGUCCCAUUGAUUGCAUCUCAUCAUGAAGAGGACUGUCAUCAACCACGUAGCAUCGACUUGUCUGAGAAAACUGUUAACUUACUAGGAUUUGAUGACUCUUUCUUAACUGGAUUACUGCAAGCAACUGACGAAGAUUUACUUUGGACCAAAAUUAACCAUUUGCAGUAUCCACAUGACCAGAGAACUAAUAGUGAGAAGUCGUUUAUGAAUACUACCGCCGCAUCAUUAUCUUCAAAUGUAAACAAAUAUUGUUCGGACGGAACGAGUCUCAGUGUUAUCGAGCCUCUAAGUGAAAAUUGCUUAAUCGAUGUAAAGAAAUUAAUUCAACCUAUUCAUAAUAAUAAUACAUUCAAUACUGACACUCGAUCAGAGUUUACUAGUCAGUUAUAUGUGACAUAUAAAGAUGAAUUUAUUGAGGAUAAUCAUGCAUGUACAAUUUUAUUGAUCACAGCCUAUAAAGAAGAGGACUAUGGUCCGAUGUAUGGCAUCAAUUCGCCUUCAAAAGCGGUUGAUUCACUAGGAAUUGAAAACUCUUCAUUAUCUAGAUUACUUGAAAGAAAUGCUGACAACGAUAACGAUUAUAUGGCUAGUGAUGCUACUACUACUACUACUCCAAGUGUUGCUCCUAAUGAUGACACCGUACCACAUGAUUUAAUUAUAUCUCCUACAUUUACCGAUAAAACAAAUAUAUUAUUAUCUAGUGAUAUUUCAGAUAAUAUUGAACUUAAGUUUGACAACGGUUUAUCUUCACUACCACCUAGUCGAGAUAGUGAACAUUCAUUGAAUAAUUCACUAAAUAAUUCCUUGGAGUUAGAUUUCAGGUCAACAAUAAAUAAACUGUAUUCUUUAAUGCAAUAUGAAUAUGAGUUUACCGAUAACAAUAAUAAUUAUUGGAUUGAUCCUGGUAGUUUAAACGAAGAUGUUGAAACUAUAGCACAGCCAAUGAGAUCGAUUGCAACUGAAAACUCUUUAGAACAGCCAGAAUGUACAUUGAGUAUUUAUAAUACACCAUCACAACAGUUAUCAGUAGUACCAACAGCAGCAGAAGCAGCAGCAACAACAACAACAUUAACAGCAGUACAAAAUCCGGUUCAUCCAAUCAAUGAGAUUUAUAUUGAUGAAGACUAUAUUGCUCAUUUGUCAUUAGAUGAUAAAAAUACGAAAGGUAUUCUGGAACCUAAGAUUGAUAAAAAUAAUGAAGAACACAAAUCAAAUCAACGUUUUAAAUUCACUUCAGGAGCUUACAAUCUUUUUACUUCAGUUUUCAAUUUGGGUAAGUUUGGUUUUUGGAGUUUAAUAAAAUUUCUAUUAUUCCUAUCUGGUAAUCUGUUUUUUUCACAUUGUCAACCUAUGAAAUCAGAUCCAAAUGUGUAAAAGUUGUGUUCACCCUCUGUUUCCGUCUAAUUUUUUUCGGACAUUUCGGACAGUAGUCUUCUUUGUUUUACGUGUAUAUCUCAUAUUUAGAUUUAGUUCAAACCGAUUCCUCUCUUGUUGUAAAAGUGUUAGUGUUAUGAGUGAGAUGUCAGUCAAUAUUUUGAGAAGUGAUUCGCUAAUUUAGAAUCCUGUAACAUUUCUCUAACCCACGUACACUAUUUCGGCUAUCACCUAGUAUCCUAAGCUUUGACCAUUUAUACUCUCCGAUUGACGAGGUUAAGCUUGAGUUGAGUUUGAUAAUAAUCUUAACUUUUAUUAGUCUAGAACGGUUGUCUUGGUUCCAGCCUAGUCUUUGGUUCUGUAAUAGAAGGCAGAAAGAAGCGCAGGAGUGUAUUUUAUGUGGAUCGGUUCAAAAGGUAAUAUAGAUUUAUUUCCUGAUUUCAAAUCUACAUGAAUAUGUAAUUAUAAUAUACGCGUAACUACUUCAAAAAUGAAAGAGAAUAGAGCAAAAAGGUAGAUAACUAAUUAGCCAUAAUUAAGGAAUAGUAAAACGUACAGAAAUAGUUAAUGGGUUCAGUGAACGCCUAUAAUAUGGACUAUAUAAAAAUACAAAAAUACAGUUAUUAAAUAAUUACAUAAUGAAAAUGCAAAUAAUGAUAGUCCGUAAAAUAGUUCAGAAAGUUCAUUCACAAUAUUUACUAAGUCACAAUAAUUAAGUUGGUAACUUGAACUUGUUUGUUUUUGCGAUAGGUCCUUCUUUGAUUACGACUGGCCAAAUGAAUAAAUUAUGUCUAUCCUUUGAAUGGAUGCUUAUGGAAAGUUUUGUAAUAUACAUAACAGACAGUGGUCCAACGAUACUUGAUUUUCAAUAUUAUUAUGAUAUUUUCUAGCAAUCAAAAGGUUUAUGUUAGAUGCAUGUUGUAAAUUCAUUCUGAGAUACUGGAAUGGAUGUAAAUACUUUCAAGUCAGGAAUUGAAAAGAUAUCUCUGUGUAACUUGUUUUUUUGCAACUGUGGAAAAUAUUACUACUUAAUUACGUGUGUUCACAGUUUUCAUAAGAUGAAUGAUAACUGGCAUUAGGCUUUAGGAUAACACAUGAAUAGGUAGAAAUUUACCAUAAACUGCUUUCAAUUAGCUCCGUAGUGUAAUAAAUAAUUACCAACCAAUACAAGAUAUUCCGAAUACCACAGUCAAAAGCCCCAUCUAAAGGUCACCAGGAAGCUUUACCAAUUUUGAUACAGAAUGAAAACAUUGUAAUCCUCCGACCUGACAGAGGCUGUGGUAUAGUGAUGUGUGCGAAUCAAGUAAAUGUGAUCCUAAAUAUUUCUAUAAGAUUGAUUAUUGAUCAUUCGGAGGAAGAUAUGACUGAGGCAGCAGAACAACGUGUUACAAAGAAAUUAAAAAAGCUUCUAAAAAGGAAACUGAGUGAUAAUAUCAUAUGUAAUCAGUUGAAACCUGGAGGAUCCGGGUUACCUGAUUUGUAUGGAAUACUAAAAAAUGAAUCUGAUGUUCCUGUCAGACCAUUAUUAUCAAUGAUUAAUUCUCCAUUUCACACUUUUGCUCGUUGUUUGGUCAGUAAAUUAGAACCAAUCUGUUCAAAGCUAUCUGUUCACAGAUCAAAAGACACCUUUCAAUUCACUCAACUUCUAGAAAAAAGUGGACCUUUCUGAUAAAUUCAUGAUUUCUUUUGGUGCAUCAUAAUUAUUUGCCAUUAACCCAUUGGAAUAAACUAUGCAAAUAAUAUAUCAACACGCUGACCUACUCGUUCUACAAGAGGAUGAAUUUGAAUAGCUUCUGCCAAUGUGUAUCAAUGAUAUUCGAUUUCCGUUUAAUAACCUCUUAUAUCGUCAGAUUGAUGAAUCGGCUAUCGGUAGCCUACUUGGUCUGAUCCUGGCAAAUUUCUUUAUGAGAAACCCAGAACAGAUAGUAGCGAAAUCAGUAAUCAAUGAUACAUCGUUGUACGUUAAGUAUGUUGAUGACACAUUUUGUGGACUGUAAUGAUUAUCAGCAUGCUUCUCAUAUACUGGAAAUCUUCAGUGUGGCAAACGCAAAUAUUAGGUUUACAGUGGAACAUGAACGUGAUAAUGUGCUUCAUUUUUUAGACCUUGGUAUGAAGCGUAAUACAAAUAGUCGAUUGGAGAGAAAUAUUUAUCGAAAGGACACAUGGAGUGGACUAUGCUCAAACUUCGAUAGCUUCUAAAUUCACUUGGUGUUAUUUACUUGUAUCUUCCUAUUGUUAUUUGGGACUGCAAUUGAUUAGUCUCUUGUUGGCAUAUGUGUAUCCUGCGCGGAUUGCCUCAAUAUAGCCUUAAAUCACGAAAUUUUUAAGCAAUGAUGGAUAGUGGUUAGCAGUGGAACUCAGUUUGAUGCGCGUUUCGUCCUAUUUGGGACUCGUCAGUUGGAUGUACCUGCAUCCCAGAGUUGACGUUCAUUCCAGGACUCGGGACUCCAACCCAAUACCAUUUGCUUCAGGUGCCAUCGCGUUAUUCACUUAGAUGUCAUUUAGACAAUGACUUCACCUAACUAUCUAUAUCUAAUUGUGUUCUAUCAAUUUAUAAAUAUUCUCUUAUGCUAAUUAACAUAAAGCAUUAAAAUAGAUAAUUAUCACAUUAAAAAAUCACUGUGCAU